AUGCCGCCUCAGACCUCUAAUCCUUUGUCGCCGUCGACGUCUGCACCUUCGAGGACGUUCAAUCUUCCCUCGAGCUCAUCGUCAGACACGGAAGAGGACGAUCCCACCGCUCUUCCUUUCCCGACAGCACUCCCGCGCAGCGACUUCCUUGCUGCCGAUUUCGAUGCCGCAGACUAUCUCUCUUCGCUCCCACACCGACACCAAACGCUCGAAGAUCUUCGCUCAGAUUUGAGGGAACGCAGUGCUGCAAUAUCCUCCGAGCUUCUGGAGUUGGUAAAUGCCAACUACACCAGCUUCCUCAGCCUAGGAAGCGAGCUGAAGGGCGGCGAUGAGCGGGUAGAGGAUGUGCGAGUCGGGCUGUUGGGCUUUAAAAGGGCGGUAGAUGAGGUGAAGGUCAAGGUUGCGGAUCGAGGCCAGGAAGCGAAAGCUCUCAACGCCGAGCUCAGAGACACGCGGAAAGAAAUCGAGGCAGGACGCCGGAUCCUUGAGCUCAACGAUAAGCUAGAGUCGCUGGAGAGCCGGCUUGCAGUCAACGGCGCGGCCCCUGAUAGCGACGACAGCGAAGACGACGAUGACGACGAUGAAGAUAAUGAUGUGCCGCGGAACAGCGUGACCAAGCUGGCGGGUCUGGCAACACAGUACAAUGCGAUUGACACGCUGGCCGAUACGAUUGGACGGGAUACCUCUUUUGUCAAGAAAGCAGCCGACAGAAUGGCCAAAUGCCGGAGCACGUUACUGUUGGACCUUGGAGCAGCUCUGAAAGAGGCCAAAAGGUCUGGGCCCGCCGGUCAGAACAGAUUACUCAAGCUUAUGAGUAUAUAUGCGUCCAUGGAAGCACAGCAAGAGGCAGUGAAGACGCUCAAAUCCAUGCGAACUAUAUGA